CUAGAUUUCGCGACCCACCUCCAUAAAUACCUGGAUGAGCAUCCUCACUCGUUGUCCCACCCUUUCCCCGAUGUCGCGAUGUAUCUCGAGGUCUUACCUCUCUCUCGGCGAGAUAUCCUACCUGCCCAGCGCUUAGAGUGCGACCGCAUCGGUGUUGCCAUUUGGAAUUGUUGUUGUAGGCUGCGUCAAAGUCUUGAAGAAUGCCACAAUCCCACAGACAUGGCCAAAGCCCAGGGCCUGAUUGACAUCGGUGGCAGGAUUGUCGAGCAUAUGGCCUCGAAGCUGGAGAUCCAGUUACCUUCUGAACCAGACCACCUAAUCUCGAACGAAUUUCGCACACAGUACCUCCUCUUGCGCAUCUUUCUGGUAUGGCACAACGCAACUGAGACUGCAACACACUAACUUUCGCAGGGGUGGAAACAAGACCGUCUAGAACUUGCCGAGCAUUUUUAUAGUCAGCUUGAAGAUCGUCAGUCGAUAUUCAGUCCACGCGAUCGUCAAGAGCUUGGUGACUUGUGCUAUGAAAUAAGUAAUGCUCAGAUGAAUCAGGGUCAAUACAGUAGUGCACAGCAAUGGCUUUAGAGAGGCCGGUGUGUUUGUGCUAAUCAAGAGCAGCUGGAUGUGGAUACGAGUGAGUUGCGGCUCAAUUUGAUGCACAUGCACGGU